AUGCAACCAUUGGUAAAAAUUAAAACUCCACCAUUGAAGGCUUCUGAACUUUGGCGAAAUAAACCCGCUGUUUUCUUGUGUCUUCGACGACCAGGGUGCAUCAUGUGUAGAGCUGAGGCACACCAGCUUUAUUUAAGAAAACCAAUAUUUGAUUCACUUGGUGUUCAACUAUUUGUAGUUCUUCAUGAGGACAUAGAAUCAGAGGUAAAAGAUUUCUGGCCUAGAUACUGGGGUGGUGUGGUAGUUCAUGAUCGUGGGAGGGACUUCUAUAAAGCUCUUGGUGGUGGAAAACUACUCAAGGAGAAUUUUAUAUCAGGGUUUUUGCUGAAUCCAAGAGCACUUUCGAAUUAUAAGCGAUCGAAAAGUAUGAACAUUGAGUAUAAUUUUAAAGGUGAAGGUGAAAUAAAGGGUGGACUGUUUAUUAUAGGGAGUGGAAAGAGUGGCAUUGCUUAUCAGUUUAUAGAGAGAAACUUUGGUGAUUGGGCACCAUUAGCUGAAGUCAUUGAAAUCUGUACUCAAAUGCAGAAGGUAACAAGAGGGUGA